GAUCUAGCUAGGAAUCAACACGGAGAUAUCCAUCUUGCACUCUCAGGACCGGCGGCCCAACUACUUUUCCAGGAAGCAGGAUUGGAUAGUUCGCAGUUUAGACAUAGGAUGAUGUCAAGAUAUGCUACUAGAACUGGUCGCCCAUCCAGUCGUGAAGGUGGUCUUUCCCCUUCCAUGACAACUGCUCAGAGGUGGGCCGAAGAAAUCAGGGUCAACGCAGGGCCUGCAUUUGAAAAUCGUCUUAGCGAGAUGGAAAACCAUGUUAUUCGACGACUUCUUCCAGCAGCUCGGGAAACAGCUCGCCUACAGGCCGAAGAAGUAGCAAGGCAACGGAAAGAGGCAGAAGAAAAGGCCAAAGCAGAGAGAGAAGCACAAGAAAAAGCAGAGGCAGAAGAAAAGGCUCGACUCGAAGCUGAGGCUGCGCUGGCCGAACAACAAAGGCAAGAGGCAGAAGCCAAACCUCCAGAACCUGAAGAAAAUGCGACUAUGGUCGAACAAGAGAGCAUACCAAGCUCCUCAAAUCAAGAUACGGCCGGAUCUGAACCGCUUCCUAGCACCGGUGAUCCAACGACAGCCGAAGCUAGUAGUAGCCAACGCCCUCGAGUGACAGUUAUGUAUCAAGGCGAAAGUGUUGACAUCACGGAUGCCGACAUUGAUCCGGAAUUCCUGAACGCAGUUCCAGAAGAGAUUCGUGACGAGAUCAUUGGCAAUUUCGUUCGUGAACAGCGGCAAACACGACCUCCUCGGGCUUCUGAGGCAGAAAUGGAUAUGGAAUUCCUCAAUGCGUUACCUGCAGAGCUUCGAGAAGAUGUCCUCCGGGGACAGACAUACGCUCGCAUGGCCGAAGCUGUAGAUAUGGAUGCAGCAUCUGUUUUGGCGACUCUGCCGGAGGAACUACGCCAAACUGUGCUCCUUGAGCAACUAGAUCAAGAUCAUGCAUUUUUGGAAACCAUGCCCUCAUCGAUAUUAGCCGAAGCCAAUGCUUUACGAGCGCAACGAGAUAGUCGACGGCCGUUACCUGGCAUCUCUGUGGUAAAUCAGACCAUCCCCCCCCCUGCCACUCGCAAGAUUCAAUAUCGAGAAACCGCCCAGUUAUUAGACAAAUCAGGACUGGUUCAUCUCGUCCGGUUACUGUUCUUCUUGGAUCAAAAUCGACGGGCGUCUCUACAGCAGGUCCUCGUCAAUCUUUCAGAGAAUAAUCGGUCUAGAAUCGAUUUACUCAGCAUCCUCCUUACUCUUCUGAACAGCAACAAAAUAGACCUCAAUGCAGUUGAUAGAAGUUUCUCCCAGCUUUCCGUUCGCGGGGUAAAGUCUAAUAGCAAAGGCAAGCAAAGAGACGACUCGAUUACAGCGGGUACACUUGGGGACAAACCACCAGAAGAGCAUGUCGUCAUUCAAAGAACAUUGGAUACAUUGUCAGCAGUCGUACAAGCUAAUGAAUCGGCAUCUAUGUUCUUCCUUACGGAACAGGACCAUGCACAAGGCUUGCAGAGAAGCGUCUCUAAAAAAGGAAAAGGGAAGGAGAGACCUGUAGCGGGCCCUCAUUAUCCCUUCGUGCAACUGCUUUCAUUGCUAGAACGCCCUAAUCUAGUCCAACAAGCGCAUUCUCUCGAUGCGAUUUCCGGCCUUCUAUGUACCAUUACAAAGCCACUAGCCGUGUUACGGGAGCCUCCUCGAUCAGAUGACCAUUCUCCCAAAACAAUCGUUCCAACGAUCCAGGAUCCUUCUCGCCCUCAUGCUACAGCCGAAGCAACCUCAUCACCCACUCGAGCGGAGGGUGAAGUCAAUACAUUACAAACUCCAAAUGAACCUGUUCAACUGAGCGAGGAAGUCAAGUCAUCCGAACCCACCCCUCCCACACGCGAAGAUAUCCUCCGAUCCAAACCCCCUCAAUUCCCAGAACAUUCACUUCGACUGGUUGUCAACCUCCUCACAAUGGGCGAAUGUUCCUCUCGCUGUUUCCAGAAUACUCAGACAUUAGUUUUCAAUCUUUCUUCACUUCCAUAUGCCCGAGAUGUGAUAACACAAGAGCUCAAAACCAAGGCAGAAGAAUUCGGUCAUAUCAUCCAGAACGAGCUCGACGUCCUGCUUCGCGCCGUACAUCACCUCAAAAAGGGAGAGGAGCUUCCAAGUGGCAUCACCACCAAAUUUUCACUCCCCACUUCCAAUCAAGCAAAGUUAUUGAGGAUCCUCAAGAUUCUAGAGAAC